UCAAGUUCCGCCACUGGACGUGGUCCCUUCUGAAUCAAAGCCAAAAACCUGUUAGAUAGUCCAAGCGUUGCAUGCACUUUGUUUCUAUCCCCUACACCCGCCCCCAUCGCAAAAUCUGUCUUUCCACAGCUUCUUCAAUGGAGGCAGCAUCAUCAACAAGAACCCACAUAGCCCUAGUCUCUGUCCCCGCUUUCAGCCACCAAGUCUCGAUCCUCGAGUUCGCCAAGCGCCUCCUUCACCUCCACAACGACGACACCUUCCAUGUCACAUGCAUCAUUCCCACUCUCUCUUCACUCUCCACUCCCUCCAAGCCCUUCUUCCACACCCUCCCUCCCAACAUUCACUGCAUUUUCCUCCCCUCAGUGCACUUCGACGACCUCAAGAGCAAUGGCGUGUCCUUGGAAAUCCAACUUCAGCUCUCAGUUUCCCGAGCCAUGCCCUCCGUUAGGGACACUUUAAGGUCACUCCUUGGUAGCGCCAACGUGGUUGCCCUAAUUGCCGAUGCCAUGGUUCCCGAGGCACUGGAGUUUGGGAAGGAACUCAACAUCUUGUCCUACAUAUACUUCCCUUGUUCCACCAUGUUGCUAUCUCUGUGCCUUCAUUCUCCUACCUUGCAUGAAGAGGUUUCAUGUGAGUAUAGAGACCACCCCCAUUUGAUACAGAUUCCGGGUUGCAUCUCCAUUUAUGGCAAAGAUCUCCCAAACAGUGUUCAAGAUCGGUCCAGUUUGGAUUACAAGCUGUUCCUUAAACGUUGCCAAAGGUACCGUGGAGUUCAUGAUGGUAUAUUGGUGAAUAGCUUCGUGGAAAUGGAGGAAGAGGCAACAAAAGCAAUUACCCAAAAUGGUAUUAGUAAUGGUGAUGAUGUCGGUGACGCUCAUAGUAACUACCCUCCUAUUUUUCAAAUUGGACCCAUCAUACAAACUGGGCCUAGUGAUCCAAAAAUUGGUUGUGAGUGUUUAUUGUGGUUGGAUAAGCAACCACGUAACUCGGUUCUUUAUGUGUCCUUUGGAAGUGGUGGCACACUCUCACAAGAGCAGAUUAAUGAGCUUGCUUUGGGGUUGGAAUUGAGCAAGCACAAGUUUCUGUGGGUUAAUUUGAGAGCACCAAAUGACAAAGCAAGUGCUACUUAUUUUGUGGGUGAUGGUUUGGUGGAUGACCCUUUGAGUUUUUUGCCUUUGGGGUUCUUGGAGAGAACCAAAGGGCAGGGUUUGGUUAUCUCUGGCUGGGCCCCACAAGUUGAAGUCCUAGGUCACGAGUCAGUGGGUGGAUUUUUGACUCACUGUGGUUGGAACUCGGUUUUGGAGAGUGUGGUGCAUGGAGUGCCAAUGAUGGCUUGGCCUUUGUUUGCUGAACAAAGAACCAAUGCUGCUUUGGUGACUGAUGGGUUGAAAGUUGCUGUGAGACCAAAGGGUGACACUAGUGGCAAGAGUGUGGUGGUGAAGGAGGAAGUUGCUGAACUCGUGAAGAGACUCAUGGAGGGGUUGGAGGGUGGAGAAAUUCGGAGGAGGAUGAAGGAUCUGCAGAAGUUUGCUGCUUGUGCUGUGAUGGAAGAUGGGUCUUCCACAAGGACAUUAUCAAAGUUGGCACAAAAGUGGAAAAGUUUGGGAAGAUUUUACCAAAAGAAUAUUGAAUGUGGUAAUUAAUCGCAUAAGUUUCAACUGUUUCUUGAUUUAGUAUUGGUUUACAUAUUUAGUUUUAAUUUUGAGUUUAGUCUCUUUAAAUUUAGGCCAAAAACCUAUUUGGUCCUUUAUAAUAAUUAUUUGUUUCAAUUUAGUCCCAUUUUUAUUUUUAGUCUCAAUUUGGCCCCUAAUAAAUUAAUUGGUUUCA